AAUGGAGUUUUCCCCAGGCAACGAAAAUCAAGGCGAGAAAAAAGAGACGACAGUGAGUAGUCGUAAACACAAAAGAUACCCACAUGUAUUUACACCCCAUCAACCAAUAAUCGGAGCAUUCGGAGCUGUAAAAUACCUAAAUACUUGACAUCUUAGACAAUUAAGUACAAGAUGUGCAAUUUUGUCCUUCGGCUUGGAGAUUAUGAUAUUAAUGAUGUGAAAAACACCGAUAAAUUUCAAGAGAAUCUUCAUCAGCAAUGGAAAAAACCAUCGAUCUGGUCAGUGUUAGUUCACCCAAACUGAAAAUGAAAGAGUUAGACCAAAAUGCAGACUUUGUUGCUCACGAAUCUGAAGGCAGUAGUUCCAAUAAUCUGGCAAGUGCAUACUACUCAACGAGAUCGAGUUUUCGUAAGGAUUCAGUUACCGAUAGCGAAGACAACGUGUUCUUAAACUUUGCACCCCUAAAUGGUGUCAGUAUAAUCGGGGAAAACAGAACUGAGGAGACAAUGCCGGAUGGCUCCUUCAAUGAGCUUGGAAGGGCCUGUAAUAGAAACAAUAAUGCCAACACGUGUUCACCUGUUGAUGUCAACACUAGCUUAUACUUUAGAGAUGGGAUUCGUCUCAUUGAUUUUGUGCUUGUAUGGGAUGGAUACAAUCAGGAGGCAUCAAAAUUUAAGUUUGCAGACAUAAGAAAAAUUUUCGAAGAUAAUUUAAAACAUGAAGGCUUACAAUUGGAACACGAACGUGACGAGCUAAGUGGCUUGAAUUUCAUCAAAAUCACAACUCCCCUUGAAGUUUUGCGAAGGUACUCCGAAAUAUUGAAGCUCAGAAUGCCAAUGAAAGAAAUACAAGGAUUGAGCGUACCUCGUCAAAACAAAAUUUUUCAGGGUAUGAACUCGUUUUUUCGACGCGUCAUGAGCAAGUAUUACGUUGAUCCGACGAUUUUUCCUCCAAUGAAACACAAGUUCACGGCAGUUUACAGUCGCGAUAAAGAGUAUUUGUUCGACAUUGAUUCGCCUGAAUUUUUCACACCAGCCACACGCUCGAGAAUCGUGCAGUUUAUAUUAGACAGAACUGGAUUCAGCAUGGACAAAAAGAACGAUUUUGCAUUUGGAAUCCAAAGAUUGAUUAAUGAAAAAACUUACACUGCUGCGUAUCCGCUGCACGAUGGCACAUUGAAAACACCCGAUUCUAUGAGAUACCUCUUGUACACAGAAUGGGCGAGCAUACGAAAGAUAUUUCACUACCAGCCACUGGACUACAUCAAAGAGUAUUUUGGAGUGAAAAUCGGCCUGUACUUUGCUUGGCUGGGAUUUUACACGCACAUGCUGCUUUUUGCAAGUAUAGUUGGUCUGCUCUGCUUUAUGUAUAGCUUACUCACUCUGGGCUCCGAUGAGAUUAUCCAGGACGUGUGCAAAUCAAAUCGUACAAUGUGUUCGCAGUGUAAUUUUUGCACUACAUGGAAUUUAAAUGACACCUGCUUACACUCCAAAGUUACUUAUCUUUUUGAUAAUGCAUCAACUUUAUUUUUUGCGAUUUUCAUGUCUCUGUGGGCAACUUUAUUUUUGGAGCUGUGGAAAAACUACUCCGCCGAAAUAACGCAUCGAUGGGACUUGACGAGCCUGGACAUUCACGAAGAGCAUCCGAGGCCCGAGUACUUGGCCAGAUUAUCGCACAGCAAGAAAAAAAUUAUGAAUUUCGUUACUAACACCUUCGAACCAAAAGUGCCGUUCUGGAAGGUGAAACUACCGGUCACAAUUUUCAGCUUCUCGGUCAUCAUGCUUUUGAUUUCCGUAGCUAUGGCUACUGUAUUGGGUGUCGUUUUGUAUAGAAUGUCGGUACUGACGGCUAUUCAAGCUCACCCAGACGAAGAUGCUUCGACGAGCAGUCUCAAAGUGUCAGUAACAGCGGCACUCAUUAACUUGGGUUGCAUCUUUGUGUUUAACUGGAUCUACACUUGGCUAGCCGAAUACUUAACUGAGCUCGAGCUUCCACGUACCCAAACGGAAUACGACGACAGCCUCACACUGAAGAUUUAUCUGUUGGAGUUUAUCAAUUACUACGCCUCUAUAUUUUACAUAGCCUUCUUCAAAGGCAAGUUUAUUGGCCGUCCCGAUGCCUACAACCUUAUAUUCAACUCGCGCCAAGAGGAGUGCAGUCCUGGUGGCUGUUUAUUGGAGCUGUGCAUUCAAUUGAGCAUAAUCAUGAUAGGAAAACAAAUUAUAAAUUCGAUAUUCGAAAUGCUGUUACCUUUGUUUUACAAGUGGAUGAAUACCAUAAGGGUAAGUUUUAAGAAAUCAGAUGAUACGCCAGAGAGACGAUGGUCUAGGAAGCAUCUGCAGUGGGUCAGAGAUUAUAAGCUCGUGGAGUGGGGAGCCAGAAGUUUGUUUCCUGAAUAUUUGGAAAUGAUCUUGCAAUAUGGUUUCGUGACAAUUUUCGUGGCUGCAUUCCCACUCGCACCAUUUUUUGCUUUGAUAAACAAUUUCUUGGAGAUGCGAUUGGACGCGAAAAAGCUGCUAACCAUGUACCGCCGGCCUGUUGGUCAACGAGUUCGGGACAUAGGAGUUUGGUACAGAAUUUUGGAUUCCGUAUCAAAGUUCUCCGUUAUUACCAAUGCUUUUAUAAUCGCUUUUACAUCCAACUUUAUUCCGCGGCUGGUUUACCGAUUUUAUGUUUCGGAGGACUACUCCCUGACAGGAUUUUUGGACCACUCUUUAUCUAAAUUUAAAAUGAACAGUAGCGAAAUCUGUUAUUACCCCGACUAUCGAGAGUCACCAGACUCCGAGCAUCCGUACAAAUACACGAAUUUCUUCUGGCAAGUACUCGUUGCCAGACUGACUUUUGUUGUUAUUUUUGAGAAUGUCGUUGCUUUCGUAAUGAUUAUGGUAAAAUGGUGCAUCCCCGACAUGAGUUCGAAUCUUCGUGACAAGAUACGGCGCGAAGCCUACAUUACAAACGAGAUCAUCAUUCAGCACGAAGCGGAUCGAGCGCGCAAGCAGACCAACAGCAACGAGAUUUCGACGCAGAGGCACUCUCUCAAUCGUUGGAAUCGGCUGAGAAAUUCCAUGACCGCCGAUGACUUUGAUUUGGAGGUUCACGGUAGUCCCGUGACUCCAGCUAUUGAUUCUUCCAAAAGCGAACCUGUUAAAUUUUAACACCUCGACUUUGUGAUUUGUGAGUGUAAGUCUGUUUGAUUGACUUAUGAAUAAGCGUUUUUUUAAAAAUUUUUUGAAGGUACUCAAUACUUAUUGCCAAAUACUUUUAAGGACUCGAAUUUAUACAAUUUAUUGUUAGAGACCAAAUAUUUGUCAACAGCGUACUUGCACAUAUUUAUUUGGUAUUCGAAAAAUUGAAGUACUUAAACUUCAUCUGUCAAAGAAGAAAAUUAUAGUUUGUACUUGAAAGUUUUUUAAAGAUCUUGACUACCUUAUGAUUCACUAAAUUUAUAAAUAGACUACUAUAUCAAGAUCGUUAGUAGUGACUCAAGUUUUUGAGAGAAGCAAACGUUUCGAGACUUUUUUGUCUCGUUAAAGGUUGUUUCCUUUUUUUUCCAUCAAGGUUUGCACCUACAUGUACAUGAUUGUUCUGUGAUUUGUGAUGAUCAUAUAUGUCUGUGAUUUUUACAUAAUCUCUAUACUUGAGAUGAUACUAUUACAAUGUAAACAUAUUGAAUUUACAUAAAAAACAAGUCUACGACUGGUAUACUUAAUAUUUGUAUAUGUGACUGUGACAAGGUGCGAAUAAAGAGAUUUUCGUACAAAUAAAAAACGUACAUAAUUUGACUUUGUUUU